GUCGUGACGUCACCCACGUACCUGAGUUUCGGUGAGGAGAGGGGAAGGGCCGAGCCCGAGCGAACAACAACAGCUCCUCGGAGUCCUCCGGGAUUAAUGUGUUGUUAUUCGCGGCCGCCCUAGUCCGAGUUCAUAUCAGUGAGGUUUUUUUUUUUUUUUUCUUUGAGUGAAUCUGCAGCAGUUGAAGGAUUUACAGAGUGAACGCGGUUUUACCUCCAGCUGCUGCUUAGCAGGCCGCCGAGGACAGACUUCGCCAACUUCCUGGUUUGCCACAGCCAGGAUGGCGGUCACCCCUCGACGUGUCCGCCUGAAGCCCUGGCUGGUCGCUCAGGUAGACAGCGGCCGAUACCCAGGUCUGGUGUGGAUUGACCGGGAAGCCAUGCGCUUCAGGAUCCCUUGGAAACACGCCACACGACACACACCGCAGCACGAGGACGAGGACACCAUAUUUAAGGCAUGGGCUGUGGAGACCGGGAAGUUUCAAGAGGGAGUUGAUGAACCUGAUCCUGCAAAGUGGAAAGCUCAGCUUCGAUGUGCCCUGAACAAAAGCAGAGAAUUCCACCUGGUCUUCGAUGGCACCAAAGAGGUUCCCAUGAAUCCUUUGAAGAUAUAUGAUGUCUGUGAAAUCCCACCGCCCUCCAUUAACCAAGCCUCCUCAGACGCUGGUUCUUGGACUCCACAUGAGGAUGAGGAAGAUAUUCCAGAUACACCAGAGUCUCUCCCUCCCUACCCAUCCAAUGGUUGCAGUCCCUCUCCUCUUAUAAUGUGGUCUCCUAGCUCAGACUCGCAGAGUUCCAGUUGCCCCCCUUCAAAUGAGGUCUGGCCCAAAGAGGAGUCUGUUAAAAUCUGGCCUAAAGAGGAGCCUGUAGAUGUGGAGAUGCAGCCAUCUCCCAUGUUGCCUCCUGCUCCACUGCCCGAUCACCCGAUGCAGCCCCCUCCUCUACCCGACGCCUUUUUUGCCUCUCCAGAAAUGUGGAUCAGUUCCCUCCCGAUGACAGACCUGGAGGUGCAGUUCCUGUACAGAGGGAAGGAGAUGUGUCCCACAGCCAACGUCAGUAACCCGCAGGGCUGCAGACUGUUCUACGGAGACCUUGGCCCCAUGGUCAACCAGGAGGAGCUGUUCGGGCCGGUGAACCUGGAGCAGCUACGCUUUCCGACCACAGAGCACAUUACCAACGACAAGCAAAGGGUUUUCACUAACCGCCUGCUGGAUGUGAUGGACCGAGGCCUGAUCCUGGAGGUCAGCGGUCACGAUAUAUACGCGGUGCGUCUCUGCCAGUGCAAGGUGUACUGGUCCGGUCCCUGUGCUCCAAAUCCAGCUGCUCCAAAUCUUAUAGAACGCCAGAGGAAGGUCAAACUCUUCUGCCUGGAGUCUUUUCUCAGUGGAGUGAUAGCCCACCAGCGCGGCCAGACACCAAUCCCUCCUAACUUUGAAAUCAACUUGUGUUUUGGAGAGGAGUGGCCUGAUGGGAGACCCAAAGAGAGGAAACUUAUCAUGGUUCAGAUCAUUCCUGUGGUGGCCCGCAUGAUCAGCGAGAUGUUUUCUGGAGACAACACACGGUCAUUCGACAGCGGCAGCGUUCGCUUGCAGAUCUCCAUCCCAGAUAUCAAAGACAACAUAGUGACCCACCUAAAGCAGCUGUACUGCCUGCUGCAGACGCACCAGGGCCAGGAUGGCUGGACGUUGCCCCCCGGACCGGGCUUGAACAUCGUCCAGGCUCUGCAGGCACAGUGAAGCAACGCGCACUGUGAACCAACAUAUAACAUGUACCGCUGUUUGUUUCACACUGCUACUGGGAGUUACUUAUCUUUAGCAAAGAAGUACUUAUGUGUAAUCACAUUUAGAAGUGUGCACACUAUACUAUCAGACUCUUGUGCCUUUCUCUAGUAAUGUCUGUGACGAGGGUUUUCUGUAUAUAAAGAAGUGCCUGCAUCACUGCAUUAUGUGUGCAGGAUCCAUAGACAGAUGUGGCAGCUGCAUGGGCCAAAGUCCUGCUUGCUGCAAUGGAACAUUUAACAUAGUUAAUGAGUUACAGGAAUCGCCCUGUGCCUUAUUUAUCCAGAACUGGUCAGUGAUUACCAAACUUUCCUGGAGUCGAGGAACCGUGCAGAAUACUUUUUAUCUUUUGACCUCAUAUAAAUUGUUUGGAAGCAACACAGCUCGCAUGGUAUUUUUGUAUAUGUUGGACAGAAUAUAGCCAAAUAUGAAUUAAAUUAUGGCUUGCUUUUUCUUCUACUCAUUUAUGACUUAACAUCCCAUCUUUACUCAGUUUGCAAUCAGUUUUCUGGUCACCUGGCCUGCAGUUUUUACUUCAGAUGAUUGGUUUUUCUAUCUAUAUUGUAGGAUAUUUUUGUAUUCACAUCUUUGAUUUUUAGGUCAUUUAUUGUAUCCAGGCAGCCAUUUAACUAAACAACAUUCAGCUUUUUGGAUCUGUUUUAAUAUGGAUGCCACUGCACUUUGAGGUGCUGAAUUAUGUUUUACAUCUAGUUGAAUUCAUCCUGUGAUUGUAUGUUUAUUUUAUCAAUUAAAAAAAAGCAAAAAUAACAGAGUUUUCUGAAUUAUUGUCCACAUAGUAAACUAGUUUCUGAGCAGAAAAUUGUCAAAUAUAUCAGCUCUAUGCAAUGCAUUCUUAUACAAACAGUGUUUGUUUCCUUUUUGCGUUUUAGCUGAAGCUGCAGGUUGACUGAUUUGUAAGUUAACUGCAGCUUUGCACCUUCUGAGUGACUUCAUGCAGCACUGCUGACUCCCAGUGGUUUAGUUUAACAACAGCAGGUCUGGGAUGAGAACAACAUGGAGUAAUGUGUUCUGGUGCUUUGUGUCAGCAAAAGUAAAGGGCUUGAACCUCCAAA